GUAACGAAACUGAAUAAGCUGCAGCAACAUGGAUUGCAUUGCUCUUCAGCAAUCAUCGUUUCCUCACAUCUUCAUCACCUCCAAAUCCCCGCACUCAACUCACACUCACCUCGCACCGAUCCCGCCUCAUAAAACCGCGUGUAAGCUUGCAGCCCUUGGAUCAUCAGACACCUUCUCAUCAAAUGAUGAAUCUAUCCCUCCUCCCUUCGGAACUUUGGAAGCCCAAAUUACUCAAGAAACCAUUGAUUUCUUCGUGAGCGAUGCAGAGGGCGAUCCUGACUGUCCAUCUCCAGGCUACUCUCCCAUUGACCAAGCUCUUUCUGCAUUGCGCCAACAAAAGUUUGUGCUUGUUGUAGAUGAUUAUGAUGGUGAUGAUCAUGUUGAAGGAAACCUUGUCAUGGCGGCCUCUCAUGUGAGCUCUGAGGCGGUUGCUUUCAUGGUGAGGAACGGCUCGGGUAUAAUCUCAGUCGGCAUGAAGGAAGAGGACCUUGAGAGGCUAGACCUCCCUUUGAUGUCCCCUCAAAAUGAAGAUAAUUCCUCUGCUCCUUCCUUCACUGUCACUGUGGAUGCUAGAGUUGGAACAUCUACUGGAGUGUCCGCUUCAGACAGGGCAAAAACAGUGCUUGCUCUGUCCUCUCCUGAGUCGAGGCCAGGGGAUUUCAGAAGGCCGGGCCAUGUAUUCCCUCUCAAGUAUAGGAAGGGUGGCGUUCUAAGUAGAGUUGGCCACACUGAAGCUUCUGUUGAUUUGGUAACACUAGCUGGUUUGCAGCCAGUCUCAGUUCUAUCGGCCGUAGUUGAUUCAGAAGAUGUUUCCAUGGCCUCGAUUGCCACUUUGAGAAAGUUGGCCUUGGAUUAUAACAUUCCAAUUGUUUCAAUCACUGAUCUCAUAAGGUAUAGGAGAAAGAGGGAAAAGCUUGUUGAAAGGACUGCAGUUUCGCGUUUGCCAACUAAAUGGGGCUUGUUUGCGGUUCACAGUUAUCGUUCGAAACUGGAUGGGAUAGAACAUAUAGCGCUUGUGAAGGGAGACAUAGGGAAUGGACAGGAUGUUCUUGUGAGGGUUCAUUCGGAGUGUUUGACAGGUGACAUUUUUGGAUCAAGACGAUGCGACUGUGGCAAUCAAUUGGAACUGGCAAUGCAGUUGAUAGAGCAAGCCGGUAGAGGCGUUGUAGUGUAUCUACGAGGGCACGAGGGGCGUGGGAUAGGGCUUGGUCACAAGCUUCAGGCCUACAACUUGCAGGAUCAAGGCCAUGACACAGUUGAAGCAAACCUCGAGCUUGGUUUUGCAGCUGAUGCGCGCGAAUAUGGGAUAGGCGCCCAGAUUCUACGAGACGUUGGAGUUCAUACCAUGCGCCUGAUGACGAACAAUCCGGCCAAAUUUACUGGUCUCAAGGGCUACGGUCUGGCAGUUGUGGGGCGUGUUCCUGUGCUGACCCCCAUCACAGAGGAUAACAUGCGGUAUUUGGAGACGAAACGCGUGAAGAUGGGUCAUGUUUAUGGAUCUGAUGUACAAGGGCCACUGUCUGACUUCAUCAAAUCAAAUACUGAUAAACAAGAUCCAACAGAGGGAAACAACAAAAACUGAUGAUAUCCUGCAUGUGACCAUGUAUCCAUUCACAUUUUUGAGUAUCCAUUAAUCAAUAUGCAAAUUCUUUCUUA